GUGACACAGACGUCAGCGUGGCGUCUGUUAACUUGCAUCCUUUAGACUAAUUAAGAUUUCCCCGUCCUUAUCCGAACCAUUUGACAGUGAAAGCCCGUGUGGCACAGCCGUCACCAAUUUGUCGUAUUUGGGUGGAAAUCGGCAAGGAAAGCACACCACCACUUUUUGAAUCGUCAACUGUCACAGAGUGCGUGUGCAUCACGAGGCAUGCGCCCGUCGGAUGUGGAACGGUUUUUGCAAGGAUCUUCAGCCUCUAGGAAACACGAUAACGCACAGAACCUGGGGAAAACGAUAAAGCAUAGAGCCGCCUCGAUCGACUUCAUUUGCGAUGCUUGUUCCCUUCCCUGGCACUACUUAAACGGUGGAAUAAAUGCGUGCCGCCAAAUAACCUGGGAACCCGAAUGUUCGAGUCAUGCCGAAUGUGAUUAUUGGAUCAAGUCAGUAAUCAGGCCAGGGGAUUGUAUAUCCUCUAAUGGGAAUACCUCGCCGGAACGAUACACUGACGACCGUGAUAUGACUGGACAAAGCCAACGGCCCAAGUCUACCCUAGAAUGUUUGCUUGUCGUGAGUAUUCGGCUGUUUUCUGCGGCCUGGACCCAAUGGUCUGCGUUGAUCGAAUACGAGUGUGUACACGCCUGCAGCAUAUUGAUCAGGGGGGCCUCCUUGUGGGCAGGGUCAAAGACAUCCUCAACUCCAGCCACUGUCUUUUUCCAAGGGUCGGCUUUCAACUUGUACGCCGUCACCGAAUUGGAUAGAAUGCUCCCGCGGCACCCUCGUGGAAGCGGCUGUGAUGAAAUGGAGGGUGGAAAUAACGCCCUAAAUCAUUCGCCGAGCUCUAAGUCCUGUCAGUGAAUAUGGAGGGGGCGGAAAGAACGCAGAGUGGCAAGAAUAUAUUGCCAUUUGUGCGGCUGCUUUGGUGGGGGAGGCACAUCCACCCUUCCGCAGUCAUGUACUAUAAAUAAUGCCAGUCGACGAUG